CGACUAUCGUUCAAGAUCGAUGUCACGUGCAAACAAACGGUCUGGCUAGCAUCUACGCUUUAGAUCAUCGAGCUGCGUCAGGUGUGGAUAAAUCAGCAGAAUAUGAUUCGCUGCGGAACUCUGAUUAGAUUUGGCCAGCAGAAGCAAGUGCAGCAUAGCGCCGUUUGCUUGCCAUUCAUGUCAUCGUUACAGACGUUCAGGGUCCAAACUGCACUGUCAGAAUGCGGGGGAGGGCUAGACCCUCACUGAUUGGUACGAUCAUGUAUCGUCUGCGUAAUGGUCAUGCCACAUGCGAUCGUGUGCUCGACAGUAUGGAACUGAGGGGUAUUUAUCAGCGGUUUGCAUUCCCGUUUUCAAAUAACCAAUACCUGCAAAUUACUCUCAAUUACUACAUCCAAGUUCAAUUUCAACUCUACAUACGAUUUCUAUUCAUAUCAAAUAUCAAAGAUGUCUUCUCCAAUCAACAAGGUUUUUGGCAAUGAUGCUACCCCAGCCAUGCCUGAAGCUCCAAAGCAAAACAACGACCGCCGAGUGUCUGAUGCCUCCGUGGGAUCCGAGUCGUUCUUCGAUGGUCGCCGAAGGUCUUCAGCAACCCAGCGAUUUGCAAACUUAGAGGCUCUCAAGCGUCGUCAGGAUGAGGAGAGCCUGGCCCGGAGACAGUCCUUCCAUGAUGCAUACGGAAAGCCGGGUCUAAUCGGUACUUGGUGGAACAACUUCACUCGUGGACCUCUUCAACCCACUACCCAGUCGCAGCAAUCGAAGGGCGGGUCAUCAUAAGUUCUUAUUAUUUCAAGUACGUGACAUGGUAAUGAGAUGAGAUGAAAGUUUAUGAAGCAAGAAGCCAGAAGGCAAAUAUGGUUUACUCACCAGGUCGAAGACUAAAAAUGAAGGCAC